CCACUGUUCUCAUCUCUCCAGAUCACUGUAGCUCAUUUCCCUGAUUUGGAACAAUGUCAUUUGUGAAUACUCUAAAACAGUGGGAUGAGGCAGUGGCCUGUUUCGAACAGGGGGACUCUGCUGCUUCCCUUGGAACAUUUCUGGACAUCCAGGAAAAGAACUCCAAAAUCUUUUUCAACAUUGGCUGUCUACAUUUGAUUAAUAAGAACCUAGAUGCAGCUGAAAAGGCUUUCGAUGGCAGUAUCGGAAAGGAUGGACACUUGGCUGUUGCAUUCUUUCAAAGGGCAUUGACAUUCUACAAAAAAGAGAGGUAUGAGGAGUCUUUUGCUGAUUUCCAACAUGCCUUCAGGGAGUUGAGGGGGAACCAGCUGAUCGACUACAAACCUCUUGGUCUGAGAUACAAAUUGUAUGCUUGUGAGGUACUGCACAACAUGGCGCUGGCCCAUGCUCAGCUGGGUCAGUGGGAAAAAGCCAAAGAGACCCUCCUGACAGCUCUGAACCUCAGGACUGAGGCCAAACUCAGCCACAUUGACAGAGGUCUGGAGUGCAUCCUGAAGCAGAAGCUGUUUGAGCCAGUUGAGGUCCCGGCGAAAGUUCUGUUCAAGCCAAACAAGAACUACGUGGCUGAACUGGAGAAGAAGGACUACCUGGGCAAGGCCAAGGUUGUUUCUUCCAUCGUCUUCCAGGAUGAGUUCUCUGGCUUUGCUCCUUUACAGCCACAGGUUGAAGAGGUUCCUACCAGACCAAAGGCGCCUGAAGUUCUGAGGGCUCUGGAGGAGGGUGAGCCUCACACUGUCCUCUUUGAGUUUGUCCCCGAGACAAGUGAUGAGUUAGCUGUGGUGCCUGGCAAUAUCGUCUUUGUGCUGAACAGCGGAGAAGACAACUGGGCAUCUGUCAUCUUCAAUGAAAGAAGGGGACUUGUUCCUUAUAAUUUCCUGGAGCGUUUGGAAAUAACCUUAACAUCUAAGCAAGAUCAGGAUGGGACAGACAAGGAUGACAUCCCAGCGCCACCUAGACGAGAACCACCGAAUAGACCUCAAAGAAAAUCUGCUUUGGCUGCUGAAAAUCAAAGCAUUGGGGACACAGAAACAGAGUAUUGCCAGAUUGAAGAGUCAUCACUGUGUGUAGUGAAAGUGCACUUCACAUACACCAUAGCAAUCUGCAUGGUGCCUGGACUUCCCUACACAACCACUCUGGAGAAAAUCAGUAACAAAUUGGGCCUUCCUGCCAUGGCAAUCACCUUGAGCUAUGCACACAUAGAUUCUGGUAAAAUAGUGAUUGAUGAGAACACGAGGAUGGAAGAUGUUUGGAGCCGUGUCCACAAUGGUCGUCUAACACUGUGGUGUGAUCUCAAGGAGGGUAUGAGUGAGCAGCUGCAAAGCCAGACUCAACUGAUGGCCCUUCAUUCCUACGAGUCUUCAACUCCAGAGGACCUCGAGUUCCAUCAAGGAGAUACCAUCUUACUUCUCUCCAAAGUCAAUGAAGAUUGGUUUGAGGGACAGUGCAACGGGAAGAUUGGCAUAUUCCCAGCCUCCUUUGUGGAAGAAGUUCCCAUGAAAGAUAAAUAAUAUGAUCAGAACAAAUGGCUAAGGAACAAUGACUGUCGAGAUUGUGGGAUUUGUUCUACUUUGUCUUUGUUCUGGAUACCGUCAACCAACAGUCAUCAAAGAAAAACAUACAAAAGCAUAGACACAAAGUCAGAUUUCUACAUUUACGUUGAGGGAAGACAUUUAAGUCAGAAAAGUAAUUACCCAAGCAAGGACUUUUCUUCACUAGGCUGAUAUUUACUGAUUUGUGUGAUGUUAUUGUUAAAGUAUGAAGUUUAAUAACUGUUUUGGCAGGCACAAAUCAAGCAUGCCCUGGUUUUCUACGUAUUUGAAUGUAAUGCAGUAGUAUGUUUUUAAUUAUUUGUUAUGUGUAUGCAUCGGACACCAAAAAUUCAGUUUCCUCAGGAAAAAUGUAGUUCUGCUAAGUUAUUUUCUUAUGUCAUUGUUAAACAAAUUAAACAUUGGUUAUAUAGCCAUAGACUAUUCUGAGUUCCAGUUUUAAGACCUUUGGUAUGCGUGUACAGAGCACAAUUAAUUUAAACUAUGACUGAUCUAAAUAGCCUAUAUUGACCUAUAUAUAGCCUAUAUUGAUUAUAAUGAAAAAAUAAAAAUCAGACAACUUGAAUAUA